CACUGCAGAGUGGCACAGGUGGGGGGCACAGGUGGGUGCACUGCUGGGCACAGGUGGGUGAUCUGCUGGGCACAGGUGGGCGGAGCUAGUGGGCGCACUGCUGGGCACAGGUGGGCAGAACUUGCGGGGUGGCACUGCUGGGCACCGAUCAUCAGGGCACUGAUCAUCACGUGUCAUUGGACACCGCUGAUCACGUGGUAAAAGGUCGCUGGGAUCGGC